UGUCUGCUUUCCUCACAGCUUUUGAAUCAUGAGAGAUGAAAUUGCAACAGCAGUAUUUUUUGUCACAAGACUGGUAAAAAAACAUGAAAAACUGAGCAAACAACAGAUAGAAAACUUUGCACUGAAGCUGAUGAAAAUUUUGUUUGAAACGUACAGAGGUCACUGGUACCCCAGCUGUCCUUCUAAAGGGCAGGCUUUCAGGUGUAUCAGGAUAAACAAUAAUCAGAAUAAAGACCCUAUUUUAGAAAGGGCUUGUGCUGAAAGUAAUGUGAAUUUUUCUCACCUGGGACUUCCAAAGGAGAUGACCAUAUGGGUGGAUCCCUUUGAGGUGUGCUGUAGGUAUGGUGAGAAAAAGCAUCCAUUUACAGUUGCUUCUUUUAAAGGCAGAUGGGAGGAAUGGGAGCUAGCCCAACAAAUCAGCUAUGUGGUUGAUAGAGCCACAUCAGACUGCUCAUCUGGCACAUCUUCUGAUGAAGAAAGCUGUAACAGAGAGCCUCAAAUCAUUCCUAAAGUCAGCAAUCCGAAGAGUGUCUACCAGGUUGAAAAUUUGAAACAGCCCUUCCAACCUUGGUUCUACCAUCCCCGUAGAAAGCAUGUGGCAGAUGGCCGUGGGGGCCUUCCAGGGAUCUGUUACCACCCAGGGCCCAGGAACCCUAAGUGUUACAGGACUGUGGGAUGCCGGGUAGACAGGUACCACUGGGUCAAUAUGAACAAACAAAGGCAGUCUCGGGAGAGCUCGGGUGAGAGGCCAUGCUUCCCCUAA